AUGAAUAAAACGAAACUGCACAAUAAUAACAAGCUUAACCUCCCAAUCUCCUGGGUUGGCAAACAAUACCAACCGGAUAUUAAUGUUGUGAAGCAUCAUUUUACCGCAUUCUAUCCGAAAUGCAUUUUCGGUGCCCUAACGCUGGAGGUGGGAAAUUUCGUGCUCGUCUCCGACAUGGAUGCGGCUGAACCAGACUCGGUAGACGGGUGUGAUGUGGCACGAAUUGUUCAUCUGUACGAGGUAUUGAACGCUGAUUGCAGUAAUAUGGAUCCGUGUCGUGCAAUUGUUGAAUGGUAUUCAAGACCGGCAGCUUUGCCUAAACUACUCACUCGCGAUGAGAACUUCACGUUUGAUAAACGCGAAGUCAUUGCCGAUAGUCGUUUCAGUCCGGACAUAUCGAUUGAAACUAUUUUUAAUCUUUGCACGGUCGAACACGUGUCAACGCAGGUAGACUUGAAAGAACUGCAGCGGGUUAAAUCUUCCGCGCGCUGUCCUGCAUUCUUUGCCCGGUAUAAAUUGGUUAAAUCAACCGUAAGAAAAUGGAAUCUUGAACCAUUGAUUCCAAUCCCAGAGGCUGUUACACCGCGCAAAAGAAGAUCGAUGUACGAUAGAUCGAACCAACCGGCGUUGGAAACUCCCAAAACACCAAAACUUAAACUUACUCGUUCCAAAUCGAUGGAAAGCGUGGCAACGCUAACUCCUCAACAGAAGAGCAAAUUGAUAGAAGAUUGUUGGGCUGUAAAGAUUGUCGAUGUGAGGCAGAACAUCCAUCAAAUCACGGAUAUUCUCAGUGAGAUAGAAAUAAGUGACAACGAGGACAAAAAGAGAAAGUUGCAGAAAGGUCGUCGAAGCGGUGUGAGCUUACGGCUAAGCAGCAAGGCAAGCGUAUCCAACGCAUCCAACAGUGGCACCGAUGAUGAAUGUCUCAAUUACUCGAUUGUCCGAGAUGGUACAAGGAACAACGAACAGGAGAUAAAGAUCAAACUGCGUCUCUCGGAGAAUCAGAAAAAUCCUGACACACCUCGAUCCCUGCGAAAGCGUGUUACGACUUCUGCUGUUUCCCACGACCAUGUCUCUCCACCUAAGUGUCGUAAAUCACUGCUUCCAUCCGAUGUCGAACUGGUGAGUACACCGACGGGACACUCGCACAGGAAAAGCAUCCUGAAAACACCAAACAGUAAAGCUCUGCAACCCACCGGUACUCCGAAACGAAACAUACAACUUUCGAACAUUGUUGAGGAAUGUUCGAACGGACGUCGUGUAUCGCGUCUGCUCGAGCUAUCGCCUAAGAAAGCGAAUCCAGAGCCGGUAGAAGAACCUAAAACACCUAAGCGAUCCAUCCGAUCCUCGCUUGGUACGAGCAGUAGUAGCAAGUCGAGCGCCACUAAAUAUACUCCAAAAAGCGCCAGCAAAAUGAAACUCAUCCGCGACGGUACCAUCAAGCCAACGAUCGCCUCGCGAACGGCUCCGAUAGGGGAUGGUGCGAACGAACUGGCACUAGCUCGCGAGCGUCUACACGUAUCGGCCAUACCGAGUAGCCUUCCGUGUCGUGAGAAGGAGUACGAAGAGAUCUACAACUUUUUGGAGGGUAAAAUUUUUGAUGGCUGCGGUGGUUGUAUGUACAUUUCCGGAGUUCCUGGAACGGGCAAAACGGCCACCACGACGGCUGUUAUACGAGCGCUUAGGCAUCUAUCGGAGGAAGAGCAUAUACCCAAAUUUGAGUUUAUCGACAUCAAUGGUAUGAGACUGACCGAGCCACGGCAGGCAUAUGUUCACAUCCAUCGGCAGCUGACCGGGAAGACACUGGCAUGGGAACAAGCGUACAAUUUGUUGAAUAAGCGAUUCACCACCAAAGCUCCUCGACGCAUUACGACAGUGCUGCUGGUCGACGAGCUGGACAUACUUUGCAACAAGCGUCAGGAUGUGGUGUACAACAUACUGAACUGGCCUACCCUAGCUACGGCUCAACUGAUCGUUGUCACGAUCGCCAACACCAUGGAUCUUCCGGAGCGUUUAUUGAUGGGGAAAAUUUCAUCCCGUCUCGGGCUUACCCGGCUCACCUUCCAACCGUACAACUUCCGCCAGUUGCAGAUGAUAGUGAUGGCGCGUCUGGUAGGCAUGAGUUCCUUCAAUAGCGACGCUGUUCAGCUGGUAGCACGUAAGGUCGCGGCUGUUUCUGGUGACGCACGCCGUGCGUUGGAUAUUUGCCGCCGAGCUACCGAACUGGCGGACGAUCAAGCUAGAAAAACCGAUCAGUCCGUGACGGUUUCAAUGACACACGUGCAGCAGGCGUUGACGGAAAUGAUCACGAGUGCCAAGGUACGAACAAUACGCAGCUUGUCACGCAUGGAACAACUAUUUUUGCAGGCCGUUACUGCCGAAGUGACGCGUACGGGGAUUGAGGAAUGUAACUUCCUUGGGGUUUAUGCACAGCUGGAAUCGCUGGCUGCAUUUUCGGGCAUUAGCGUACCGAACCCCGGCAGGGCAAUGGGUAUUUGUGCACGGUUGACUGCGUCCCGCAUACUCAUAUGUGAGGGCGGCAGGAACGAUAUUUAUCAGAAAAUUUUGCUAAACAUUAGCACGGACGACGUGCAUUUUGCACUGCAAGCUAGCAAACUGCGGUAG